AUGUUGCAGCAAGGGUCUUCUGAAGAGGCGGCACCAUUUGUGGUUUUGGAAACAAGCAUGGGAAAGGUAGCCGUGGAACUCUACUGGAAGCACGCACCGAAGACGUGUCGAAACUUUGCAGAACUAGCUCGAAGAGGGUACUACAACAACACGAUUUUCCACAGAAUAAUCUCCGAUUUUAUGAUACAAGGAGGAGAUCCAACUGGAACUGGGAGAGGUGGAGCAUCAAUUUAUGGUGACAAAUUUGCCGAUGAACUCGAUGAACGUUUGAAGCACACUGGAGCAGGCAUUUUGUCAAUGGCGAAUUCGGGUCCGAACACAAAUGGUUCACAAUUUUUCAUCACUCUCGCCCCAACACAGCAUCUCGACGGGAAACAUACGAUUUUUGGACGAGUGGCGGCUGGAAUGAAGGUUGUGCAAAAUAUGGGUCGUGUCGAUACGGAUAAUGGUGAUCGUCCUUUGGCUGCCGUCCGAAUCAUCAAAGCCUACCCAAAAGACGACUCUCGAUUU